UGUCACAACUCACAACACCGCAUCACCACCCUCACACAUACAAAAGUCAAUCUCUCUCUCUCUCUCUCUCUCUCUCUCUCUCUCUCUCUCUCCGGCAUCACCUCCGGCUUUGUGACUCGCUCUGCCGUUUACCUCCGUCAUGACCGGCUCUUCCACUUCUUCUCGCAAGGUUUUGAGCAAAAUAGCUAGCAAUAGACUUCAAAAGGAGCUGGUAGAGUGGCAGGUCAAUCCUCCUUCUGGAUUUGUACACAAAGUCACCGACAAUCUUCAGAGAUGGGUGAUUGAAGUGUAUGGAGCUCAGGGGACAAUUUAUGCUAAUGAAAAGUAUCAACUCCAAGUUGAUUUUCCUGAGAAUUAUCCUAUGGAAGCACCUCAGGUGAUAUUUUUGCAUCCAGCUCCUUUACACCCACACAUCUAUAGCAAUGGCCAUAUUUGUUUAGAUAUUUUAUAUGACUCAUGGUCGCCAGCCAUGACUGUUAGCUCUGUCUGUAUCAGUAUUCUCUCCAUGCUUUCAAGUUCAACAGUCAAGGAAAGACCAGAAGAUAAUGAUCGAUAUGUUAGAAACUGUAGAAAUGGUAGAUCUCCUAAAGAAACAAGAUGGUGGUUUCAUGAUGAUAAAGUUUAAUGAAAUCUUAAUGUGAUGGAUGUAGCUGUAAAGUGGUAAUUAAUAUUAAUGUCUGUAAAUGAAGCCAGGUCACAUUUCUUGGUUAUUUUACUCGGUCAGAAAGAACAUCUUCUUCUUCUGGCUCUGGGCUGGCUGUUAUUAUGUAAUUGAUCAAGCUGUUGGAAAGGAUGCUUUCAUUUUACACAUUUUAUCAAUCUAUACCAUGAGAAGUACUGCAUCAUUUAUUUA